AUGUCUCUACAAUCACAAGAUGUCAACCUAGUCAGCCCUGUGGAAAUUAAUGUGCUCGAGCGAAUUUGGAAAAAGUCAGACGUCACCGUAGAUUACAUAUCGAAGAACUGCCCAGCAUUUCUCGGUGGUGGCUGCCCAUAUGCCAAGCUUGCCCAAGAAAAGAAAGGCAUCUGUGCCAAAUGUCCUCCUUUCAACAAUGGCUGCCCUUUCAAACAAUGCAAGACCGUGGGUGAGCUUCAAGACAUGAUGGGUCAGAUGCGUGACCAGUCCAAAGGCGAAGCUCAAUGGAUCGAGUUUUUGAAGGAUGUCGUCUUUCUUAGUAAGGAAAAACACGUGGAGUACGGAACUGUCUCCCCUCAAAGCUUCUUCCAGGGUGGCUGCCCCUUUGCCAAAGACACCGAAGGAAAUGAGAUUUUGAAACCUGUAUACACUGUGUUUCCAUAUUCUUUGACGGUUGAAGAGAUCGUCAAGAAGUGCCCAGUUUUUGGCAAAGGUGUGUGCCCUUAUAAAGGUCUUGCUGAUGAAAUGAAAGGAAUUACCGGAAACUGCCCUGGUUUCAAACACGGAUGUCCUUUCAAGAACCUGACAACCAUGGGUGAGUACGUGGGCAAACUGGCCGAAAUGCGAGAUACGAUAGGCACUCCUAAGGGUCGAGCUGCAUUCGAGAAGUUGAUGAAGAGGGUUCAUGAGAUCUCCAAGGAGGCUGAGAAGAAGGCUGGACCU